AUGGCACCACCACCACAUCCUCCUCCUCCUCCUCCUCCUCCUCCUCCUCCUCCUCCUCCUCCUCCUCCUCCUCCUCCUCCUCCUCCUCCUCCUCCUCCUCCUCACCGGCACACACUGAGUUCUUGGCGAGAGCCAGAGUCAAACAGGUAUAAAGGUGACAAAUUGCCAAAACAUGACCCAAUGUUAUGUUAUGCUGUGUUAUUCAUCGGCGUCCGAUGCGUCGAGAUCAAAAGACGAGCAACAAAACAUGUUUGCUACCCGACGGUGCAUUUUGCCUUGGCUGAGGAAGAGUUUUCGCUUCCGAGGACCACUCACCACCUUGCUGGCCCUUCGGAAUAG